CGUCGCGAACGCCGCCGCCAUCAAAAUUGUCGCUGUCAAAGACGCGACAAACACAAACUACAAUUUGCAACCUGCAACCAGCAACCUGCAACCUUCCAUCUGCAACAUUAAAAUCACAAUCCCAUUCGAAAUCCAACUGAAACACCUAUUAAAACCCAUCAAAGGAAUUCCAACCGUGCCAUAUUUCGCAUUCAUUAUAUUUUUUUCUGAAAUUUUUUACUGUGCGUGCAUUGGCAUAAACGAUUUGAAUCGACUGUGCCAGCUGGCGGCAUCAAAAGCUGGAGGAGGUGCUAAUCCCAUAAAGAGCACAAUAAAAUCGGCGAAAGUUGCGAAAUGCAUUCCACGGCAUGCGGCGUUGGUGCCUCGGCCACAAACCUCUCAACACUGCAAUCCUCCAUCACAUCGGGAUCGGGAUCGGCAGGAGCAGGUGCAGCAGCGGAUGCCCACAAAAUGGUGCACCACAGCAACGAGGAUGCCAUGAACAAGAUUCCACUGAAGUCCGCCGGCGGACUGGACUCCGACGAGGAGAAGAAUGGAGGGGAGCUCAUGCAGGACACCGCCGCCGCCGAGGAGGCGCGACGCGAGCAGAUGCGUGUCAAAGUUUUGGCCUGGAUGAAGAAGCUGACCAUCGGGCUGAUCUGUUUUAUUGGCAUUGCCCUGAUCAGCUACGUGAUCAUUAGCCUGUGUUUCAGUGACUGGCCUAAAUCGACGCCAAAUAGAAACAGCACAACAACAACGACGACGACGACAACAACAACAACAACAACAGCAGCAAUAAUCACAGAGGAAACAACAACAACAGCAGCAGCAAUCGCAACAGUAGCAACACAAGUUGCAAUUGCAGCGGCAACAGAAAUUGCAAGUAGCUCAGCACCGUCACCAGCAACAGCAACAACAACUGCACCAUCAGCAACUGCAACAACAAUUAGCACCACCACCACCAAAACAACAACAACAAGUACACCAAAACCACCAACAACAACAACAACAAGCAGAACAGAAAGCAAUCCCAGCCCCACACUUAAACCAUUUCAUUUAACAGAUGAGCAGCAGCAACAGGAUACGGAUGCGGAAACGGCAGCUGAGAGUAUUGGUAACCUAAAUCGGGGAUCCUCGAACACGGCCAGCACUCCGGCGGAGGACGCCCUGCCCAAUGUGGCCGCCUCCACGGCGGCAACCACGGCGGUACCACCCGCCUGGCUGGCGGAUCAGAUCAGGAUCGAUACCAGCGAUCAGUUUGAGUCGGUACUCGGGGUCUACCAACAUGGAGCAGUGAGUUCCGACAACCUCGAGUGCAGCAAGAUUGGCAGCGGGAUCCUUCAGAAGAAUGGCAGUGCGGUGGACGCGGCGAUCGCCGCUCUCCUCUGCAAUGGACUGCUGACCCUGCAGAGCUUGGGCAUCGGCGGUGGACACCUGAUGAACGUUUACAACCGGGAGGAGCGGCACGCCACCUCCAUCGAUGCCCGCGAAGUGGCCCCGUAUGCCGCCGAGCCGGAGAUGUUCAACCAGGAGCCGGAAAAGUCCUUCAAGGGACCGCUGAGCAUCGGUGUGCCCGGCGAGGUGAUGGGCUACCAUGUGGCCCACCAGAAGUUCGGAAACUUACCCUGGUCGGAUCUGGUGGCGCCAUCGCUGGAGCUCUGCGAGAAGGGAUACCAUGUGUCGCAGCACUUUGAGCGGGCUCUCCAUAACGCCCUUCCCUUCAUCAAGGAGCACGAGCAGUACCAGAUCUAUUUGAAUGCGCAGACGGGCAAGCCGCAUGUCGCCGGAACGGUGGUGAAGCCGCCCAAGAAUCUCUGCAACACGUACAAGCUCCUCGCCGAGAAUGGACCCUUGGACAUGUACAAUGGGACGGUGGCCAAGAUGCUGGCGGAGGAUCUGCAGGAUGUUGGUAGUAUCAUUUCAUCCGAUGAUCUCGAGUUCUACGAGGCCGAUGUGAUCGACUCAAUCACCAUGAGUUUGGGUGAGGAUACCCUGUAUGUGGUGCCUCCGGUCAGUUCCGGUUCGUUGGUGGCCCACGCAUUGAGCAUCCUGCAGGGCUAUGAAUUCUCGAAAAAGGAUCUGGAAACGGAGGAGUUGAGGGCCCGCACCAUCCAUCGAUUUGCCGAGGCCCUGAAGUUCGCCUUUGCCAAGCGCUCGGAACUGGGCGAUAUGCAUUUCAUCGAUGCCCGAGAGCUGGUUAGCCAGCUGAACAGCCUGGAGUUUGGAAGCGAAAAUCGGGCCAAGAUCAACGACUCCCAUGUCCUGGCCGAUGCCCAGGCAUAUGGUGCCCAUUUCGGCUCCAACGACGAUCCCGAUGGCACAUCCCAUCUGGUUGUUUUGGCUCCCAACGGAGAUGCCGUUUCCGUGACCAGCUCCAUUAAUAGCUAUUUUGGCUCUGGACUAAUUGGAAGCCGUUCGGGCAUUGUGCUGAACAACGGGAUGAACGACUUUUCCGUGGCCAACAACUUCUUUGGGCUGCCGCAGUCGACGAGCAAUGGGAUUGAGGCCCACAAGCGGGCGAUGUCCUCGCAGUCGCCGGUCCUGCUGGCGGACAGCCUGGGCAACAUGCGGAUGGUCCUCGGAGCAGCCGGCGGCAGUAAGAUCAUUUCGGCCGUGGUGGAGGUGAUCGCCAAUGUGCUGUGGUUCGGCGAGGAUCUGCGGACGGCGAUCAAUGCACCGCGGUUCUACCACCAACUCCUGCCCGAUGUCCUUGAGUACGAGGAUGGUGGCUUUCCGGAUUCGGUGCUAAAGCUGCUGGCCCAAAGGGGUCACACGUUGAAGGUCGUCUCCAGGCUCAAGGCCUCGGUGGUCACGGCCAUUUCGAGGAAUGCCACUGCCAUCUAUGCGAAUGCCGAUUAUCGCAAGCGCGGUGGAGUUGCAGGAUUCUAGGGUGUCUAAGGAGUCCACUCACUCAUCCAUCAAUUCACUCACCUACACAUCCAUACGUCACACACACACACACCCAAACACACCGCACACGCACACAUGCAUGCAUGCACUGCAUUGAGAUUAGAGCAGACCUGCUCGAAAAGAGAGCAAUUUCCAUGGAACGAGAGAGUAAAAGUGGGCAGUGAGAGAGAAAAUUAGUGGGCAGGUCUGGUUUUAGAGAGUGGUGAAGAGCAGAUCGAUUCGCAUCAAGUGAAAAGUAUUUAAGCUAGCUAUGUCUUUUUUACAUACUAUGUAUAUCGUACGUUAUAUAAAUUUAUAUGCUACUACCUAACUACUACCUUAUACAAUAAAAAUUAACAGAAAACCAAAAAAGUGAUUUUUUAAAA